GCAGAGCAAAUAAAGAAAAUAUCAAAUACUUCACACAUGGCUCGCUCAUUUAAAUCAUGUAAGGACUAUAUUUUUAAGCUAUAAACUUCCCUCGUAAGAUAAUUCUAAUUUACAAAAUAGCAUCUAGCAAAGUCGUAACAAUUUGUCAGAUAUUUCUUCCUUUUUUUUGGUGGGAAGUAAAAGCAUAGCAGAUUAGCAGACUAUAAUUUAAUAUAACCACUAAGAAAUGGGGCACUUAACAAGGAGGUGAAGAAUAAAGGAACAAAAAUCCAGUCAUUUUUAGCCUUCUUUGAAAUGCAAGAACAAUUAAAGCCUAUUGGGCUAGGGUUAGGUGAACACCCUAGUCUUUGACAAAGGGACCGAUGAGCCAAGAGGGAAAUAGCCAGGUUAAAAGCAAUAUUAAAGUGUUUGCGUAUGUACUCAGUAAUUUGGACAACAAAGAAUGCAACCAUCAAAACUGUAUGAAUAACUUGCAGCCAUUAAAACGGUGGGAACAGUGAAUUAUGUAAAAGAGGAGCUUAAAUAUAUUAUUCAAAAAUUAACAAACUGAUAAAACAAGGCACACGCUUUUGUGCAACAUAAUAAUAAAUAUAAGAUCUGCCCUUAUAUUUCAAAAGGCAAUUCAAAAGGCUUAAGCAGAAAGAAUCAAACCCCAACAGAAUAAAAGGGCGUCUCACAGUUGUUUCAUGAUAUGAAAAGAUAGAGAACACUAUCAUGAUAUCCCUAGCCGAUGUCUACCAUGUUGUGGAAGCCACUGUCCCUUUAUAUUUUGCCAUGAUCUUAGCCUAUAUAUCUGUGAAAUGGUUGAAACUUUUUACGCCAGAACAAUGCUUGGGCAUCAACAAAUUCGUGGCAAAAUUUUCAAUCCCAUUACUAUCUUUCAAAGUGAUCUCAGACAACAACCUCUACAAAAUGAACCUCAAGAUUUUGUAUGCAGAUUUCCUUCAAAAACUUCUCGCUUGCUUUAUAUUGGCAACUGCAGCCAAACUGAGUUCCAGAGGAAGCCUGGUUUGGGUUGUAACGGGUCUUUCAGUCUCAACAUUGCCUAAUACUUUGAUCCUGGGAAUCCCGCUUCUGAAGGCCAUGUUCGGAGAGGAAGCAGUAGACCUUCUUUCCCAGAUAAUCGUUCUCCAGAGUUUAAUUUGGUACAACCUCCUACUGUUCUUGUUCGAACUCAAUGCCACAAAAGAAUCUUACUUGAUUCCAUCAUCAGAGAUUGAAGUGGAGCAAGAGGCACCUGAAGAAGCACAGGCAAAGGAAGAAGGAGAAGAGGAAGGAGAAACCAGAUCUCCAAGAAAGAUGAAACUUAUGCAUAUCCUAAUAUCUGUAGGAAAGAAGUUCAUAGCCAAUCCCAACACCCAUGCAACUUUGGCGGGUCUUAUUUGGGCAAGCAUCCGUUUCAGGUGGGGACUGUCUCUGCCAACAAUUGUUCAAAAAUCAAUAUCAAUAUUGUCAGAUGGGGGACUUGGAAUGGCAACUUUCAGUCUAGGCCUUUUCAUGGCUUCGCAAGCUAGCAUUAUACCAUGUGGUACCAGAAAGGCUAUAUUGGCCAUGGCCAUGAAGUUUUUAGGUGGACCAAUUCUCAUGUCAGCAUCAUCACUUGCUAUUGGGGCGAGGGGAAAAUUGCUUAGAAUUGCCAUAGUGCAGGCAGCUCUUCCACAAGGAAUUGUUCCAUUUGUGUUCGCCAAAGAGUAUAACGUGCAUCCAGACAUCCUCAGCACUGGGGUAAUCUUUGGAAUGCUGAUUGCCUUGCCAAUUGCAUUGGGAUACUACUUCCUCUUGACAAUAUAAGUUGACACAUUUGACAAGGAACUUGGAGUCUCAACCGAUUAAGAGAAAACAGCUUGAUUACUAAGUGUAGCAUGAAGAAUUACCAAGAAAAAAAGAAUGUAAAUUUUAGACUUUUUUCAUUCUUUAAGAAACUGAUGACAAUUCCUAUAUUAGCAUACAGGCAGCAUGUAUAAUAAACAGAGAAGAAAGCCAUUAACUUGAA